GUGUUUUACAAUCCCUAAAGCUACACAAUCGGGAGCCUCCUCACGGCUCACGCCUCACGCCUCACUCGCCCUCUCUUUCUCUGUGUCCCGCCGGCCCGCCACCGCGACAACCUGCAGAGGCAGAUUUACCGGCGGAGAAACCUAUUGUCCCUCCCAGGUUUGCUCACCGGGAACCUCUUAAGCUAAUUCCCGAAGAUUUUCUUUGUAGUGCAACCCACAAAAGAGAAGUUUUUUGAGAUAAAGGAGACAGGAGGGUUCUUCUUUUUGGCAAUGGCGGCUUCUGCCAAAACUCUCACAGCUAGGAAUGAUUCUUUGAAUGAAGAUUGGACAAUAGUUGUACCUCGACGAGGUCGCCGCAGAGGAAGAACUAAUCCCUUAAUUCAAACUCGAGAACCACUGCCACAGCAACAAGCGAUACCUUGGACUCCAACAGAUUUUGAAGUUGAUUCUCUUAGAGAAUCCAAAUUGAUACAGAAGAUGGAAUUGUGUAUGAAGAAACUUGAGACUUCUCAGUUUUUUCUUACUUUAUUGGAUCAAAUUCAAUCUCAAGAAAUUUUGCAUAACUUGCAAAAGGUUUUAGGUUUUGAUUCAAACAUGCAGAUGGUAAUAUAUGGUAUUGGCAGCAUCGAAUCCUAUGAAAACCCUCGAUUGCAACUGAGUCUUGCACUUCUGCUAAAAAGAAAGUUCAGCUGGAUUGGAGGCAUUGAGGUGUUUGACCCAGUUCUUUCUACCACAGAAUCUCAGGUUUUGGAAGUUCUGGGUUGCUUAGUCUUAUCUAUUGAUGAGCAGGGUCGGCGAAAGGCACUAAAGCCAACUAUAUUUUUCAUGCCGCAUUGUGAAGCAGAGUUGUAUGACAAUCUUUUAGAGGAGAAUUGGAGAGUUGGGCUUUUGAAAAACAUAGUAUUGCUUGGGAAUAGCUUUGAGAACUAUGAACAAUAUGCAUCCCAAUUUAAGAACUCAGUUGUUGCAUUAGCUAGGCAUAUCUUUUCAAUUAGUAAAUUCACGGAUGAGUUCAAAAUUAAGACAGUUUCAGAUGAUUAUUAUGGCGCUUUCCAUGAUUCAAGCUGGCAUUUUUUCAGCCCAGUUGUUGAUCCAGGGUCGCAAUCUAGUAAUUUUGAUUGCAUUCCAGAAAUUUGAAUAAAUUGCAUUGUAUUUUUUUUUAUUACAUAGCUUCUCUUUUGAUUUUGUUGUUAAUUUGUUUUAGCUCCUCUUGUCUCCUAAUAUUUUGUGCAUCUUGCACUUGAAUUCUAUAUAAACACAUUUGUCUUUAUUGUAUUAUAAUUGUUUUCUUUUAGCUUCUCUAGUCUCUUAAAAUUUUACACCUGACACUUGAAGACCAUAUAAACAAAUUAAUCUUUCUUGUUUUUCAUUCUUUUCUUCCAACACAACACUAAAACUGUUUAACUAUCUCUUGUCUUCAAUUAUACACAAUAAAUUUGAGAGAGACAAUUUUUCAUGGAUCUGGCUUCAUAAUUUUUUCUAAAAUAUGUCAUUUGCAAAAUUUUUGAUAUUCUUUUUCUCCAUAUAUUUUAGACCUUGUCUCAUUUAAUUCUAGGGCUAGAUAGAAUGAUGUUUCUUUUGUCAUAUUACUUCGUGCUUUUGGAGUGCAUUCAGUCUUGUGAAGUAAGAUGAUCAAGGAUAUGAAAGGAGAUACAAGGAAUUGGACAUAUUGUAAACAAACUAGUGAUUUGAAUAUUCACACCAAAGCUUCAAGUAUCAGGCAUCAGGUCAAAACAAAAAUGGCAAAGGUGAAGUUGGGACAUUAUCUAACAUUUCAAAGAGCAAAUGGAUCUUGAAGCCAAAAGCUUUGGACGUGGGCUGCGGGAACUUGGUGGUGCUGUUGAUCUCAUAAAUCAGUACAAACUUAGGCCUCAUUACGAAUUUUUUUGCAGAAUGCCCAUUCCUCCAUCAAUAUCUGGGACCCAGUAUUUACAUAAUGUGGUUGGAAACCUUGAAAUCUGUAAAGGGGAAGGGAUGGAAUUUGAUCAGCUCUUUGAAAAUGGCGCAUUUUUGCGAAAAAGAGAUGCAUGUAUUCAUCCUUUUAAUCUGAACGUCCUAGCUGACGCCUUUCAUAUGAGGGAUGGCACUUCUGUUAACCUUUCUCUUGCAGAGAAAGGGAUUCCUACUACUGUGGCAAAGCUUAAGAGUGAGUUGAAUGAAAAGGAAAAGAAACGCAAAAGGCUCAAUAGCAAGAUUAAAGCAACUAAGGAUUGUAAUAAGCACAAAUCCCUGCACAAGAAUAAAACUUGUCAGAAGGAAAAAGAUUACGACUUUUCUUGUGGCUCUAAUCUUGAGGACUUAAGGAAACAAGGAGAGAAGAUGAUGCAGGUAAAUGAACAUGGAAGGCGGGAUGGAUCCUAGGUGUCUUGGCAUGUAUUUUGGGAGAGGACUAAAGGAAUGGACCGAUAAAAUCGAUCGAGGAUGACGUUGACAUUUGAGUAUUUUAUUUAUGUAUUUAUGAUUUUCGCAUUUAGUAUUUGAACAUUUAAUUAAAUGUUUUGUUUUUUUUUAUUAUGAUUUUAUGUAAUAACAAUGAGAUCCCGUAUUUUAGGUUUUCUAUAAUAAAGUUCUAUUAUUUUAUGUA